AGAAACUGAGUCAAAAACGAAAGUUAAAGCUGACAGUGAGGCGGAGAGGAGUUUAAACAGACCCCCGGUGACAUUAUCGAACAUUUUAUACUUUAUUUUACCCGUAUUAAUUAUUUGUUAGGGAAAUAUAACUCUCUAACGUCAACACUGUAUCGAUAAACGGGUUAUGUUGACUAAAAUAAUGUUAGCAUAACCGUGAGGGCGGGUAGUGGCAGCCUGUUGUGAGUAAUGUUAGCACGGUGGGUCCUUUUCUUGGAUAAAGUUACUGCGAUAAGUAAGACUUAAGCUCGCUGUGAGUGUGUCCCCCUCCCCACACAAACAUGGACCCGGACACUGAAGUGGAAAGCAUAUUUAGGAUUGGGAAUGAGGAGGAGGAUGAGGAGGAGAAGAAGAAGUGGAUGAGGCCUCCCUCCAGCUAUGGUUCAAUGAAGAGUGAGAGCGAGAGUGAUGUGAUGGAGGAGGAGGAGGAGGAGGGUAACGAAGAACAAGUUGCUGUGGCCGUCUCUUCCUCAUUGCCUAUGGUCCUACCUGGAUCGAGUAUUAAGGACGGGACAGGGUUGCAGAUGAUCCGCUCAGAGUCUCCAGAGACCCUCUACACCAUGACCACUCAGCAGACCCAACCCCCGGGGGCUGUUGUCAUUGACACCAGGUCGUCUGAUCUGGAGGAUUAUUCAGAAAACGAGGAGGAUGAUAUGGAUGAAGUUUUAGUAACUCAUUCCCCAGAACCACCUGAGCCUGUUGAACCAGAUGACACAAUGCAGAUUGACGAGAACAGCCAGCCAGGCAGACUGCACCCAGAACAGGACCUGCCCCACAUAUUUAAGAGUAUCCAGGCUGCUGUGACGGCCCUUACCAAGGAAGAGCUAUGUAAAUUUAAGAUGUGGUUUUACCAGUGGGAACCAGGCAUAACCCUGCAACAGGUGAUGGAGGGAGACAUUCUUGAUUUUGUGGACAGGAUCCUGGAAGUCCUUGGCUUGUAUCGUUCCUUGUUGCAUACAAUAAGCACCCUAGAAAGUAUCAACAAGAAACCAGAGGCAGAAGAUUUACGGAAUCAGUGCAGGAGAGCGUUGACCCGUUUUCAUCUGAAGCAGUAUUUGUUCAGAAAACACCAAGUCAUCCGUGAGGGGGUUGUUCGAGCCGGGAGGCAGAAUCUUCUAGAUACUGUCUACGUUGAGCCCGAGAUUUCCACCUGUGGUUAUGGAGGCGUCGACCCCUCCCAUGAGUUCCGACCACAGCCUCUGACUCCUCUCCAGGUCCCCAGUGCUGACACCUUUGUUAGUGUGAACAAUCUGUUCCGACUGCAGAAGGAAGAUGGCCAGCCGGUGAGGACGGUGCUCACCACUGGGCUUCCAGGAAUUGGUCUGGGUGUCUCUGUGGCGAAAUUCUGCAUGGACUGGGCCGAAAUGCGCGCCAAUAAGGAUCUGCAGUUUGUCAUCAAACUUUCUUUCCGAACUUUCUGGUAUCUGCGAACCAAAAACCCACUCCAUUCAGAGAAGGUGUCCAUCAUGGAAGUGAUAGAAUAUUAUCAUCCUCAGUGCAAAGGCGUCAAAUACCUGGAGGAAGAGGACUGUAAAUUUCUCAUCAUAAUGGACGGAUUUGAUUGUUACCAAGCUCCUCUGGACUGGGAGAAUGCCCCAGUAAUAAAUGACAAUUACACCCAAGCACAUCCUGACGUUCUGAUUGUGAAUAUCAUCCGAGGCACUGUGCUUCGAGGUGCCCGCAUCUGGAUCCUGGGGAGACGGGCGGCUGUCUCGCAAAUACCGUCUCAAUUCAUAGACUUGGUCACGGAAAUACAGGGCUUCAAUGAUGCGAUGAAAGAUGAAUUCCUGACUAAGCGCUUUUGCGACGCAGAGCUAGCAGCGAAGAUUGUGGCACAUUACAAGCGCGUCCCGACGCUCAGAAUAAUCACUCGCCAACCCUUUGUGUGCUGGAUGGUGGCCACAGUGUUCGAGCGCUGCUACCGUUAUCGGGACUAUGGGGUACAUCCCCCCAGGCUGACACCAUUCUACGUCACCAUUUCGAUCGUCCAGAUCAAUCGCAGGCUGCAGUUCUACUAUAACAUGCCGGACAACGCCCUGAAAUGGUCCAAUGAAGACAGGAACCUAUUGACAAAGUUGGGGAAGAUGGCCUUUAAGAUGCUGGAGAGGAAUACCAGUGUGUUCUUUGAAGAGGACGUGAAGGAGUACGGUCUGAAUGUGACCGAGGUGACCGUGUUCUCCGGCAUGUGCACUGAGCUCCCCAGUGCAUCCUCAGAUGGGCGGAGGGUGUACUGCUUUAUACACUUCACCUUUCAGGUAAAAUAUUUCCAUCUCACAGACGCUAGACGCUGCACUGUGACAUGUGACACCUGGUUUGGUCCAAUAUGGAACUUAAACAAGUGUGAUAAUGUGGAAAGAAUUGACUUUGACUUCACUUAUUUUGUGGAAAAACCAGAUCAGACCUAAUGUAUUAGACAAAGAAUAUUAUUUUAAAUUGUAAAGUGUGUAUAUACUGUACCACCAAGGUCAGUGUUCACUAGGUGAUUUUUAACAGGCCAAAAAACAAAAAAGGUGGCAGGUGCUGAGUAUUGUUUAUCUGAUGCGUUUGUAUUGUAUCAGAGUAUUAAACCCAGUGUAAUCACAAUUCAAGGAGGUGGGGAAAAGUUGAACGAGGUUUUAUUUAGAUAUUAAUAACUUACAGUGUCACAACAGGUGAUCCUCAAAAACUUGUAUUGAUCCCAAUUUUGGCUGACUUUUCCAGAUAUUAGUAUUAGCACUAUGCUGUGUUCUAAACUUAGUUAUCACCACCUGAUGUAAAAACUACUUUCUGAUUUAAAACAAAUAUUAACAACUAGAAGUAUAACUUUAGCUUAGUCCACUAUGAAAAACAUACACACACAGAUCAGCCAUAACACUAUGACCACUGGCAGGUGAAUUGAAUAACACUGGUUAUCAUGGCACCUGUCAGUGGGUGUGAUAUAUUAGACAGCAAGUGAACAGUGAACUGGAGACUCAUUGAUUCACAUGGGGAGCGAAGGCUGGCCUGUGUGGUCCGAUCCAACAGACGAGCUACUGUAGCUCAAACUGCUGAAACAGUUAAUGCUGGUUCUGAUA